AUUGUGUGGCAGAGCUAGAGCACAUCGUCGCAGAUCAACAAUGGCUGCUGCUGCUUUAGGGUGGGAUUUCCAUGUGGGGUUAACGCUAGCGAUUACAGCAACCCUUCCACCCCUCCAUUUCCAUCCGCUCGCAUCGCAUAACUGCAUCGAUACCCUCUCCUCUCUCCACAACUAUACUAACCCACGCCAUACUGUACGCACACGCCGAUGACUACGAUGACCACCCGAGACCUCUUAAUCGAUGUCCGCUCCCCAGCCGAAUUCUCGACCGGCUACCUUACCUCCGACAUCGCACCCACCGUAAACAUUGAAUACCAGAUUAUCGAUCAACUACCCGAAAUCUACGCAGCGAAAGGCGUAAGCGUGGGAAAGGACGAUCGAAUCACGUUGUAUUGUCGGAGUGGAAGACGCUCAGGUAUUGCGUUGGGAAGGUUGAGAGAGAUGGGGUUCAAGAGCGUAAGAGAUAUUGGAGGUUUCGAGGAGGCGAGAAAGGUGUUGGAUCGCGAACAGAUUCAAAGGCAGUUGGACGCCGAGCUAGAGAAGAGCAUGUUGCAUACCGCUAAAGACGCAGGGGGUGGUGAGGAUCCGAAGAAGCACGUUAGGUUCAAGAGCUUUGGCGCGUUGGUCGACGGAUUGAAGGCACUCGAAGAUUGAGAUGCUCAAGUUCAGAUGAUGCGAUUGAAUAUGCAGGUGUAUGAAGCGCAUGCGCGCCUGUCAAUGCUCACCGCUGAGCUUCCGCUCAAUCAUUGCGCAGAGCAUCGACACGAGGAAGACCGGAGUCCAGGGCACAAUGG